UGUUUGUCGCCGCUUGAACUUUUAUGGCAAUAAAUAGGAGUAUUUUGUGAAUAAACCAUUAUGUAUUGGUUAUUUUAAAUCAAACUUAUUGUUAUUUUUAUCAUAAAACGCUAAGCUAUCAUGGCUAACCACUACGAGGUCCCUAGUUGGGCCGGCAAACCUCCCACAGGACUGCACUUGGAUGUGCUGAAAGGAGACAAAUUAAUUCAGAAAUUGAUGUUAGAUGAGAAGAAAUGCUACCUAUUUGGUCGCAACCCACAAAUGAAUGACUUCUGCAUAGACCAUGCCAGCUGCUCGAGAGUGCACGCAGCUUUUGUUUACCACAAGGAUUUGAAUAGAGCCUUUUUAGUAGAUUUAGGAAGCACACAUGGCACAUACAUUGGUAAGAUGAGACUGGAAGCGAACAAGCCCACGCAACUGCCCAUAGACUCAAACUUCCACUUUGGAGCUUCAACUAGAAAUUACAUUAUAAGAGAGAGGCCAUCAGGCAAUUCACGGGGUAUCAUGGAGGACCUUCCCAACACGGAGACUGAAGGGGCACUGCUCGGGCUGCCCGAGACACAGACUGAACUUGAUAACCUGACUGAGUUCAACACGGCUCACAACAGGCGAAUAUCCAUGUUGGGCAUCUCUACCGAUGAUGGAGCUGAUGUUAUAAAGCCCCAAACCGGCACGAAGCGCUCAGCCUCCAUGCCCACCGGCGGCGCCAAGAAGCAGCGCCGCAACGUGUCCUUCAACGAGGAGGUGGACAUCAUCAACCCAGAGGACAUCGACCCCAGUGUGGGCCGCUUCAGGAACCUCGUCAAGUCAACUAUAGUGCCCAAUGCUAAUGCACCGCAGAGGAAACUUAAGCUGCAGGGGCCUGAUGAUAGUCACCAAACGCACCACCACUCGCUCCGUCUGCAAGAGAUCUCAUUCUCGGCCGGGCUGUACUCGUCGCUGCCGGCGCCCUCGCACCUCAGCGUCAUAGGCGCGCGCAUGGGCCUGUCGCUGCCCAACCCCGCGCCUGAUGUGGACUUAGAGGCCCCGGGGCUGAUGCAGCCGCCGCCUAAGCCUACUGCGCCGCAUGCGGAAGUGGAAUCAGCGCCAUCUAGCGAGCCGAAGCGCAAGAAGUACGCCAAGGAGGCGUGGCCCGGACGCAAGCCCGGCCUCAUCCCGGGCGUCUGAUAGUGGGAGAACUGUUGAGGUGGCGACUGACUUGUGCAACUGGCCGUAUCUGAAGGCGCGAUCACACGGUUCAUUCGAGUGAAUAUUCACUCGAGUGAACGGUUCAUUUAUGUUUGCAUCUUUGCUUCAUUUUGAGUCCACACGUAUCAGUUCGAGUAAAAGAUGAAUGAAAGACAGAAAUGAACGAAAAAUUAACCGUCUGAUCCCGCCUUUAACGUUCACGGCGAGCCAUACCGUAACGUCAUUCAUUCGGGUGAGAGGAUUAGCUCGCUGUAUUGACGUGAAAAUUCUGCGUAAAGUAACGUACGUACGUUACGAUAAGUCAGUCGCCGCCUUUAGCUUGUAUGCAAUCGUUGGUUUUUAACGAGCAGACAUUCAGUUUAAGGACUUCAAGGUUAAAAGCAAGCUCAUCUAGCGCCGCCAAUGGAAAAAAAAAAUAUUUCAUUUUAAAGGCGUUUUAUCAAAUCUGUUAUGUAAAAAAUCUAUUCGUCCUGCUGCUACGUAGUUCAAAUUGUAAACAAGUUUUCACCUUCUGAAAUUUUUAUUGCUAAUCUGAACCCUAAUUAUAUCAUUUUAUGAGCAAUACUAUUGACCAAACGAUGGGAUUCUAGCGUAACUGAAUAGUUAUAAUAGUGAUACUUACUGGGGUUUACAUUGACAACAAACAUUGCAUAAGUUGACUUCUGCUAUCUUUGUUGCCUGUGGGUGUAAACUCCAAUUUAGGUAUCAAAUGUGUAAAUUGAAUAGGUAUUGAAAGUUUGUUGGAUUUGUUGACAUAAUGAUAAACAUAAUAUAUAAGUAUGUUUUGCUAUGUUUAGUGGCAUGGUAGGUGCCUUUUUUGAAUAAUGAAAUGGAUUUGACUUUGAUUUAAGUAAUGUUUCAUAUCAUAACUCGGCUUGCAAAAACGUAAUAUUAGUUCACAUUUAUAAAUAGCAUGUGCACUAUAAUGUUUGUUAUACGAGAAGAAAUGUACAUUUUGUACAAAGUAAAUGUAGUCAGGACAGUCGGGAGCUGUGAAAGUAAAAUAGUUAAUAAUUAAUUAAGGUAAAUAAGAAUAAGCUAUGAUUUAAAUAAACGAUUUAAACAUA